AUGGAGUUUUUGGUUAAUAAACGGUCCAAACAGUAUUCAAAAUGUUGCUUGACCAAUUGUAGAAGCCACAUUUUGAAUAAGGAUGAACUAAGUUUUUUUACUUUCCCAAAAGACCCUGCUAGAUGUGCUGUUUGGAUUGAAAAUUGCAAAUGUGAUCAACUAAAGUCAACCAAUAAUUUACCUGCUAACACUAAGUAUCGUAUUUGUUCUUUACAUUUUGAAACUGAUAUGUUUUCUAAUUUUCAGAAAAAUAGACUAAAGCCGGAAGCUGUACCUACAUUGUUUGAUGCCAUGAAAAUUGAGUAUGUGGAUGAAUCAAAGAAUUAUGAUAACCCUGAAUGUAGCACUUCAGAUUUUGUGCCAUUAUCAUAUUCACCACCUGGUUCUUCUACUCGUUCAUCGAUAAACUCACCAUGUUUAUCUAAUGCAUCAACAUCAACGGAUAUUGAAACUAGUGUUAUUGGUAUACAGACACCAAGUUAUUUAUCAUCUAAAACUCCCCGAAAAGUUGCUCUUCAGGAAAAACUCAAGGAAAGUGAACGGGUUCAGGCCGAGUUGAAACAAAUUAUUAUAAAUUUGAAUCGACAAAUAGCAAAUGAAUCUAACAAUACAUUGGAUACUUGCCUAGAAACAUGUAAAAAAUACUUGUCACCUACCCUCUUUAUGAUUGUCAAAUCUCAAAUCAGGAAUAAGGAAAGAAAUUUUCGAGGAUUCAGGUAUUCUAAUGAAAUUAAGCAACUUGCUUUAAGUAUUUAUUUUCUAGGUCCAAGAGUUUACAAUUUAUUGCACAAUCCUCUAUCCCUUCCUACUAGUCGAACACUCAGGAGAGUAACUUCAAAAUACGAAAUAGAUCCUGGUCUAAAUGAUUUCCUUUUUAAUUUUGUAUCAUUUAAAAUAAGUAGUUUUAAGCCUGAGGCGCUAGAUUGCGUACUUUGUGCCGAUGAAAUGGCUUUAAAAACAAAUUUAUUUUAUAAUGUCUCUAAAGACAAAAUUAUAGGUUUUCAUGAAUCAAAUUCUCGUAGAAAGUAUGAACCGGCCAAAUAUGCUUUAGUCCUUAUGCUUAGAGGAAUAAAUGAAAAUUGGAAACAACCAAUUGCUUAUUUUCAUGUUUCAAGUAGCUGUACCGGUACUGAUCUGAAAGACAUAAUUAUGUCAACAAUUUGUCGCCUCCAAAAUAUCAAACUUAAUAUCAAAGCUUUUAUUACAGAUCAGGGCACAAAUUUUGUAAGUUUUUCAAAAAGCUUUUAUGUUUCUCCUAACAAGCCAUAUUUUGAAGUAGAUGGCAAACAAAUUUUUUACAUUUUUAACCCACCACAUCUUUUGAAAUCGACUCGGAACAUGUUUUUUAAACACAACUUUUUAAUUAAUGAUUCAAUUGUAACUAAAGCACAUAUUGAUUCUUUUUACAAUUAUGACUCUGAAAAUAAUCUUCGCUUGGCUCCAAAACUAAAACAUGCACACAUUCAUCCAGGACCAUUUGAAAAAAUGAGAGUUUAUUUAGCUGCCCAAAUUUUUAGUAAUAGUGUUGCUUCUGGUAUGUCUACGACUUUGACGUCUGGUAUUUUGCCUCCUAGCGCCCAAUACACUAUUGAUUUCAUCAGUGAUAUGGACAAAUUAUUUGACAUAUUCAAUUCUUAUAAAGCACCUAAUCUUAAAGAAUUCAAUAGACCAUUUAAAAAUACUGAAUCACAAAUUAAUCAUUUAAACAAAAUGGCUGAAGUUUUUAGGAACAUGAAAGUUGUUAAUAAAUUAAAUGGAUCAAAUAUUACCAACAGGAUGAAUUUUAUUAAUGGUUGGUUGAUUACAAUAUCUUCAUUAAAAAUGUUGUGGUACUCCUUAAAUCCAACUAAAAAUCCAAAUUAUGUUCUUUAUACUAGGUGCCUAAAUCAAGAUUGUUUAGAAAAUUUAUUUUGUUAUUUCCGCCAACAGCAUGGAAACAAUUUAAAUCCUACACCAAUUGAGUUUUCUAGGUCAUUUAAAAAAAUUUUUUGUGCUAAUUAUUUUAAACAUUCUCCAGGUGCAAAUUGCAUUGAAGAUUUAGAUGAAAUUUUAGGUUCAGAGCUACCACAAUGUGAAAAGAUUCUUAAUUUUGAAGGAUCAGACAAAAAUCUUUUUAAAUUUAAAUGUAUUAAUAUUGGUAUAGUUGAUUACAGACAACUUGACAUUCCAGAACAGAAUGCAUUAACUUAUAUUUGUGGUUAUUUAAUGAGAAAAUGCUUAGAAAAACAUAUUUGUCAGGUUUGUACGGAUUAUGCGUACUAUCAAAAAGAGUUAAACCAGUCGUUUCUUUUGAGUUUCUACAAAGCAUACCCUACUGGAGACCACUCAACAUUUGGAAAUCUGAUGAUGCCUCAUGAUGACUUUUAUAAUUUUGUAUCUGAAUUAGAAAAUAUUUUUAUUGACAACUUCCCUUCCGUUUCCUAUAAAGAUGGUGUAGGCGCAGAAUUAAAGCAACAAAUGAAUAAUGUACCUUUUAAUCAUCCAUGUGAAUCUUUUAAUAAAGUGUUUUUGAUUAAUUUAUUUACACGCUUUAGAAUUUUUUCAGCAAUCAAAUUUUUAAACAGAGCUUUGGUUUCUGAAAAAAAACUAAAAGAUAGAAAAUUGACCAUUCUGAAACAUUUGUAA